AACCUCCUGGUAAUGGAUUGGCCAAAUGUGCCACUGUAGAUUGCAUAUUUGGGUUUUCCCUACUCCUGUUCACCGUUCCAAAUUUCCUUCCGUGCCGAUUCCCUUUUUCUCGUUUGUCUACUCCUGUUCACCGUUCCAAAUUCCCUUCCAUGCCGAUUCCUUUUUUCUCUUUUGUUCUGCUGCGUGGGGGUUUCGUGUAGUGGGAAGCUUUGUUUCUUGCAUUGUUACUUUCCCAAAAUUUAUCAUUCCUUUUCCUGUUUUGUUUUGAUACAUUUAAUGCCUUUUCGAUUUCCUUUUUGAUCUCCUUUUCAAUUUCCUUUGUCUUCUUUCGCGUUCAAUUUGCUACAUGGAUGGGUUUGGGUAAGCUUUUCGCCCACUUGCUUGUUUUACGUUCGUCUGGAUUCAGCGAAAAGGUAUUUGUCGGAAUACUUUCCAUUUUGUGUCGGAUGCAGGCGGAAAGGGAUUUGGCAGAAGGUUUGCUUUUGUGCUUGAUUUGUCUCGUUUCCAAUUUGUUUUGCCCAUAUGUAUCGGUUUUGAUUUCUUUCUCCUUCAUUCCGUCUCGCUCUCUCUUUUGUGGUGGUUGUUCUUUUUCGUUUUUGUAUUCUCUGAAAUGGCUGAGGAGUUUAUGUCCGACCUAUUUGUGCAUACAAGAUUAACUUUCAUUUCAGACUGCAGUUAACAGUAUGUUUCUUAAUCAUGUUUUCAUUUUGUUCAUAGUAUUCAUAUUUGUGGAAUAUUUAUUUACUUUCAUACAUCUUUUGCAUGACUUGUUUGUGCAGUUGAUUCAAAUUUGUUCUUUCUGUAGCCUUUCUAUUUUGUGUUGGUUGGUUUGUGUUUCUUUUUUUAUUUUUUCAGUGACGAUCGAGUUGUGCUUUUGCCUCCGAUGAACGGUUGUGGCAACGACGAGUCUCUUCCUUCCGGCGACAGCCGAUUGUGUAUGUGAGUGGAUAAACUGAUAAUUUACUUUCUGAAUUUGUUUAUAAAAAAUCAAGUUUUUGACCCUUGAAUGUUUUAUUUAUUUGUCACCGGUUGGGCUAAAAAUCAACCAAAAUAGUAGGCUGAAUGGUUUCUUUCUAUCUUAUUUUUUUAGUGUGGUAUGUGAGUGGAUAAACUGAUAAUUUUCUUUCUGAAUUUGUUUAUAAAAAAUCAAGUUUUUGACCUUUGAAUGUUUUAUUUAUUUGUCACCAGUUGGGCUAAAAUCAAGUUUCUUUGCAUUGCUUGAGUAGAUUUAUUUGUCACCAUGUUGACUGAACGGGCUAAAAGUAAGGAAAACUCAGUUGUGUGUUCCCCUUCCAGGGAAGCUUACAAGAAUUUACUUGCAAAAUCCUUAAAUAUGAAGAUUGAUGCAAGUUCUUGUCCUGGCUCUUAAGAAAAUAAAACUACCACUGCCAGAAUGAACAACUUUAAAGAAUAUUGCACACUAAUCAACUGAGGUUAUUAUUUCUUCAUAUUCAUCAUACAUGAUUAAUAUUUUUGUGAUACUGUGUUUGUUACACUAACUUAGCUAAUAAUAUUGAUGCAAAAUGACAAUUAAGACACUUUGUCCAGUAAAAUUGUUAAGAUUCUUUUUCUUCAUAUUUGUCCAAAGAUGUAUUGGAGGGUGUUUGCUUCUUAAAA